GUGUUAUCUUCCGGAUUGAUCAUAGUUCCACUCCGUACCAUGAGUGAGAUGAAGGACCCAUAUGUGUGGUGUGCAUGAAGGAAUGUUGUUCACACAAGUGUUUUGAAUGCAGAAGGCCUGUCCAUAUUAUACCACCAUGCUUAGGUGAAGGUCCAAGUGUUAUAGAAGAAGGUUAUGGUGUAGACGUGAGGUGUGCAAUAUAUUUCGAUGGUGCUCUGUCCAAUACAUCAACGCCUAGUAAACGGAGGCUGGAAAGUGAUGAAAGCUACAAUGACGAUGCUAUUAUGCCUACUACUUUAAGACCCGAAGCAGACAUCAAUAAUAUAGCCGAUAAAGGUGCUGUUUCAGAUGCAGAACAAACUCCUAUCAAAAGAUUGGCAAAGGGAAGAAACACUGGUACGCUGCCCAAAAGUGAACAAAAUGUUAGGUCACUUGCAAAGCAUUUAAAGGACCAGAUGAGGGAAAAUAAUAGAUUCUGGAAGUCAACAAUGAAGGAGCAAAUGGAGCAAGUAAAGGAAAUUGCUAAAGAGGAAAGAGCAGCAAUAAGCUCUCUGCAUAAUACGUUUAAUGAAGGUUUAAAGCUACAGCAGAACUAUUUCGCCACAACCCAAAGAAACCAAGAGCGGUUGCUGGCUGUAUUGGAAAGAAUGGUGCCAGCACAACCACAGCAAUUGCAGCUUCAUCCCAACAUGUUUCCAAAUCCUUUUUUGGGCAACUUGAAUAGCAACAAUUAUUAA